AUACUAUCUUUCUUUUGGGUUACAACGCGAAGUGGCCUACAGGCGAUAUGCCGGUGCCAGUUUGGGGUUGCUCUGAUCUGGGCCUGUUGGACGAGCCCCUGGACACCGCGACAGUGGUGUCCGACGACAUAUGGAAGAAGUUCGACCUAGACUUCCCGCUGGACCGAGUGGACGCCCACUCGGAAAUGUAUCACGAGCGCACCUUCGACGACGGCGUCCUACCGGACCUGCUUUACGACAAGAUGACCUGCCUGGCGUCCCGCGAGAUACGUCAUCACGACUGUAUGUGGGCAGGCCUGUGCAUCAGCAAAGAACAUAACAGGACGUUACCCGCGAAGAAGGACUCGCAGAUCCAUAAAAAGGUACCAGCCGGUCGAAGUGUUCUGAUAUCUAAAGCCAGUGUCGCUCAAACAGGGAGCUUGAUGCCUACCAACCAGCAACAGGCCCAGCAACAACAGUGUCGUGCAAAAAAUUUGGAGAGCGACGGCGAUUCCACAAGGCCGGAAACACCGCAAAGUUCCAGUUCCGACACAGAAACAGAGGACGAGGGUCCGUUCUUCAGACACGAUCAGAUCAAUAUACACGAGAAACUGUCCGAGUGCAUGUCAGACGGGACGACACCGAAGGCUGCUCCAGUGAGCGAGGUCACCGGUCAGCUGGUCAGGUUCCACGACAGGAGGAAAGAGGACGACGAGAGUCAGUGUCAAGUGCACAGGGAAACCAAUAUCAGGAACACCCUCAGUGACCAUUGCUAUCACCUGAAUCAGCCGAUCGGCAAGAACCUAGAACACCUUGGCGUGCAGACACCCUCCGAUUCCGAGGAGGAAGAGAUCGACGUGGUGACCUUCGAGAAGCCGUGCAGACCAGCAGCGUUACCAACGUACCCGAGCCUCGCCGACCAGCAGCACUUCCAGCUAACAGUAAACACAGCGUUCAAAGAGAAGGCACCUGGGCCGAGACCGCGCGGCAGACCUCCGUCGAAUCCAGCUCGAAAGAGGGCCGCGCAGCCUGAACACAAACCGGCGAAACGAGCACGUCACAGAACCUAUCAGAGACGGAACAAAGUUGGACGAAGCAGCAUGACAGUGUCGUCGUCGCCGUCGAUAAGGAUCAACGUGUCUCCGCCUACGAUUAAAAUGACGACAGCCACCGCCUCGAGAAGCUCGUCGGACGACGAGCUGGACACGGAGAAGAGGAGUUUGCACAACAACAUGGAACGUCAGAGGCGGAUAGAGCUGCGGAACGCUUUCGAAGAGCUGCGCGUUCUCGUGCCGGCUGUCGAGUCGAAGGAGAAGGCACCUAAAGUAGCGAUCCUUAGGCAAUCGGCGGUCUACUGUGAUAUGUUAACAGAGAUCGGACAGAUCACCGUGGCGAAGGUGACGGAUCUGAGGCGGCGGCAGGAGAAGCUCCGAGCAAGGCUCAGUCAGCUAAGGAGGAGUCUCGCCAUGACGCGUUGAGGGAGAGACUCGGAAGAAUCAUGUCAGAUUCAGCCGAUCAACACGCGAAAGCAACUGCAUACAUUGCUCGGUACUACGUUCGAGAGUCGAAUUUGUAACGAAGAGGAUCGGCUUCAAAUCUCCACGCUCGAUGUAUCGAGACGAGACGAUUUUCGAAUGUGCUCUUGUGCGCGAACGAGGACCACCUACGCCUGGUCGACUGUCUUCGGUCGCACGUCACAAGGGAAUAGAGGAAGAACUACUUCGAAGAGCGCGUCG